AUGCAGGAGGGACGCAAGAGGCUUGGCCAAGCCAUCCUGCCCAUUGCUGAGCAAUACAAGGGUAGGCUUAACUUCAUCACUGUGGACGCCAAGGAGUUCGAGGCUCGCGCAACGAAAGUCGGUCUAAGGCCUGGUGAGUUCCCGCGCGUCGCCAUCCAAGAAACUGCCAAGAAAAACAUCAAUCUCCUUCUGGACCAGAAUAAGGUCCCAAAAACCGAGAAAAUGCCACCCAAGAUCGAAAUCGAGCUCGUCGAGUCACCUCACCUCCCUCAGCGGGCCGACUCCAACUUGAAACAGAACUUCGGGAGUGUGGGGGAUGACCAUGAACCGGAAGAGGCGAGACGUACAUGGUGGCAAAGCCUGGCCAGAUUGUUGAAGACUCCUGGCUCCGCUCCUCAGAUCAUCACCGCCGCUAUUCUUGCCAUUGCCAUUGGCAUCGUCGUGAGCACGCAAGCCCCGUCUGUUCCCGAGUCGGCUCGCGUCAUCUUGUCUAUACCAGGUGACCUCUGGUUGCGCUGCCUAAAUGCGGUUGAUACUGAUGAUAUUAAAGUGCUGCCUUUGAUCGUUUGCUCAAUGCUCCUUUCCGUGCGACGCCUGAGAGAUCUUGCGGAUGGAGGAGUCCUCGUGAAAUGGACUGUUGGGUACUACGUCGUGACCACACUCUUGUCUGUCAUGCUAAGCUGCAUACUGAUGGGAUGUCUGUGGGCGAGGCUGUACUCGCCAGUGGAAGGGGCUAUGCUAGAUCUAGAUGAUUCAGGUGAUGGCCUUCCGGACACGUCAGAGCGGCCAGUCCAUGGCGUCGUGCUAGACAUGUUUCGGUCUUUCAUUCCGUCCAACAUCAUCUCUGCCCUGGCGAACGGCGAGCUCCUGGCCGUCAUCAUAACCGCAGUGGUAGUCGGGUAUCUGGUUGAGAGUUCGGCAUCCCCCAUCAUCCGUGUUGCUGAGGAGCUUGAACGGAUGGUCAGCAGGGUGGUGACUUUCCUGAUCCAGGUGGCGCCCGUCGGUGUGUUCUUCCUCAUACUGCCCAACCUGAUGAAGCUCGAUAUUGCCGAGAUAGGGACCAACCUUGGCUUGCUCAUUGCCGCCACGCUCUCGACAAUGCUCAUCCACGUGGUUGUCAUUCUGCCGAUCAUCUUCUACUGCUUCACAAAGAUGAACCCCUUCAUCUACUGGGCACGGAUUUCACCGGCGUGGAUCACCGCCUGGGGCUGCGCAUCCUCUGCCGCCACCUUAUCGGUGACAUUGCAGUGUGCGAAAGCGCGAGGCAUUCCAUCAACUAUCUACAAAUUUACUUGUCCCUUAGGUUGUCUGAUCAAUAUGGACGGUACUGCAAUCUAUUUGCCUGCCGCGGUCGAGUUUCUGGCUGCCACUCAGGGGAUAACCCUCGGCCCCGUGGAUUACAUCAUCGUCGCUCUUCUGUCCACCAUGGGCGCAAUCGGUGUCAGUCCGAUCCCUUCCGCGUCACUGGUGUUGUCGGUCAUGAUCGCCCGGUCUGUUGACGUGCAGGUUACUGGCAUGUUUGCCGUCAUUGUCUCCAUCGACUGGUUCCUGGACAGGUUUCGCACGGCGAUCAAUGUGUCGGGCGAUCUUUUUGCGUCUAUGAUUAUCUAUAAGGCGACCGGCAUUGAAGACAAUAACGGCGGUGAAGACGACGUGGGCGAAGAUUUCGUGACUACCGAUGUUCGCAUGCCGCCUGGCGAUGCGUCCUGUAGGGUAUAG